AGAGAUACGCAGAGAGACGGGCUGCUGGUGGCGAAGAUGGCGGAUGGGGACAGUGGCAGUGAGCGCGGCGGCAGCAGCGGCGGCGGCGGAGGGGGAGGAGGCGGCGGCGGCUUCCAGCACUACCAGCGGGAGCCGGAGACGCAGGAGCUGGCGUCGAAGCGGCUGGACAUUCAGAAUAAACGCUUCUACCUGGACGUGAAGCAGAACGCCAAAGGCCGGUUCAUCAAGAUCGCCGAGGUGGGCGCCGGGGGCUCCAAGAGUCGGCUGACCCUCUCCAUGUCAGUGGCGGCCGAAUUCCGCGACUACCUGGGGGAUUUUAUAGAGCACUACGCCCAGCUGGGGCCUAGCACCCCGGAGCAGAUCGCCCAGUCCUCCGGCGGGGAUGACACCGGGCCUAGACGGGCCUUGAAGAGCGAGUUCCUGGUGCGGGAGAACCGCAAAUACUACCUCGACCUGAAGGAGAACCAGCGGGGCCGCUUUCUCCGGAUCCGGCAGACCGUCAACCGAGGCCCCGGCUUCGGAGUCGGGGUGGGGGGCAUGCCCGGGGCCGGCCUGCAGGCCGGACAGACCAUCGCCCUCCCGGCCCAGGGCUUGAUAGAGUUCCGCGACGCCUUGGCCAAGUUGAUAGACGACUACGGGGGAGACGAGGAGGAGCUGUCCGGCGGCGGCGGGGCCGGCGGCUACAGCGAGCUUCCGGAGGGCACCUCCAUCAUGGUGGACUCCAAGCGCUUCUUCUUCGACGUCGGAUCCAACAAGUACGGAGUUUUCCUGCGCGUGAGCGAGGUGAAGCCCAGCUACAGAAACUCUAUCACCAUCCCCUUCAAGGCGUGGGGCAAGUUCGGCGGCGCGUUCAGCCGCUACGCCGAGGAGAUGAAGGAGAUCCAGGAGCGGCACCGGGACAAGAUGUACGAGCGGAGGACCGGCGACGAGUCCGAGGGCGACGACGUGGACGACGACUGACGGAGGUGGAGGACGGAGGGCUGACAACACGAUGCGAAGCCUGCAGACAGACAGCGACGACUAUUGUGUGCAUGACAAACGAACUCUGAAACAGCGGUUUUAAAGUAUAUUUGACUGAGAAAUUAUGUCUAUAAGAGAGAAAAUGUUCUAAAGUUAGAGGUGGAUGUUUAGCUAAUUGAGUGCGGACUGCAGUAGUCAGCUCCUGUAUGAGAUUCCCCACUGAGAACAGAAUAUAUAUAAAUAUCUAUCUAUAUAUAAAAACCUAUCUCUAAAUAUAUAUAUUGAAAUAUAUAUAUAUAUUGAUUGUACAUUUGAUAACCUCACACAUGUAGCCCAGCAAAUUCGGUUUGACAGUGCUUCAGAUAAAGCAGCAGCCUCCUGGUGGGUACCUGAUGGAGCGAGCUCACCUGGUCUGUGUGAGGAAGAGGAGGAGGAGGAAGGGUGAAGGAUGUGCUGCUAACACAGUAACCAGCAGGCAGAGCGGCGGCCAGGCUCCGCCGUCGCUCAGUGGCGUUCGUUCUCGUCUGAAACGGACUUGGAAACAGCAUACAAGAGCCACGGUGUCAGCAACACGCCUGUGUGUGUGUGUGUGUGUGUGUGUGUGUGUGUGUGUGUGUGUGUGUGUGUGUGUGUGUGGCAUCACAGGACAUCUGCUCCUAGCCCAGCAAGGUCUCACUCCACCUCCACCCGUGAAAGGUGAUCUGUUACAAGCACAGGGCUAAUUUGGACCCUCUCCAGAGAAGCCCCCCCCCCCCCCCCCUGCCCCCUGCCCUCUGCCCCCCCACCCCCCCCACCCUGACUCCUGGGCAUCUUCCUCCUUCCCAUCCACACGCUGGUGUCUCAGGUGCCGCCCUGUCCCGCCCGGGCGGGUGGAGGAGGUGGUGUUGCUGGUGCUGGAGCCUGUGCAUCGCCCUCCAGAGGUCCCGGGGUGGGGUGGGGGGUGGGGGGCUCCUGCGGGGGUGGGGGCUGACGUAGCUCCACGGUGCACCGCCGGGAUCCUCUCCUCUGGAACGGGUACCGUUACGGCUGGAGCAAUUUUCAGUCUGAUUGUAAGAAAAAUUAGGUGCUUUUGGAAAACAAACAGAACCCCGUCCAGGGUGCUGUACCGACAGAAAAAACUAAAAAUCUAUAUAUACUGGAAGAGAUUUACUUACUAAAACAGAUCAAGUAUAGAUAGAAUUAUUUUUCAAAAAGAGAUAUAUUGAAAUAUGUCUCAGAAAUAUGAGACGUUUAUGGAAUAAUGCUGCCUAAAGUGGCUUAUUUAAACACUAAACCUGGACGCAGCUGUCCAGGGCGAUGUUUCAUACCUGCUUUGUGUUUUUUUCCUAACAUUUCGUUUCUUUGAGGAAAAUCUGAAGAGAGAUUGAGAACACACUCAGCACUCCAGUUCACUUUAGCGAGCAUCCAGUCGUUUCCAAACCGCCGGCUCCUCCGUCGCCACGGAGGACACCAACACCGCCCUUUCUCUUUCUCUUUCUUUUUCUUCUCGUCUCCUCAGCGCUCCUUUUUUAUUUUUAAGAGAAAAGAAUGAUGAUUUCUGCAUGCCUGCUCUGACGCGGAGCUGCCUUCUGUUUGUUCUUCAUAUUCUAAAGGCUGUAACACGGUAUUUAUCCAUUCUUCAGAGCGGUUUUCUGUUCAGUUUCCUCCUCGGCCUGAUCAUAAACGGAGCUGAAGCGAGAGCCUCGGCGCUCUCUGGGAAUCGUCACCGUUCAUCAUCCUGAAUUUUCCCAUUCCCACGCCACUUCCACACAGCAGAGGAACGCCAUACACUCAGAAUAAUCAACCUGGGAGCAAUAGUUUUUGUUGGGUUUCUUUUCUAUGGAUAUGAAUAUGCUAUAUACGAUAUUCCACAUCCUUCUUCCUGUACUGUGUUACGUGAAAUGGCAGCUGUUUCAGUCGUGUGUUCUGCUGUAAUAUUCUACCCACUUCCUUUCAACAACCAAUAAAAAGAAAAAGGUUUUUGCUCAGGA